UAGAUUUAAUCGUCUAAUUCCAUGUCGGUUUUUAGGUAAGUAAUUUGUGGGUAGUGCCUGCUUGACAUCUGGACCGUCCUUUCUAACCCUUAGACAAUUCGCGCCAGGAUUGGGACCUCUAGACAGACUCCACUGCCUUUGCUAGGAUCGAUAAGUACUAACCUCUACUGUGAAGAAGGCAGUUCAAUCUAAUCUGGAUUAUAUAUGAGAGACUUCUGCUUCCUUUCAGCUGCAUUCAAUUCGAUUUACAUCUGUACUAGCACUUAUCUCAUCCUCGUCCUACCUCAGAUACUCGACACCGUGUUGCCCAGUAGACGCGCACAAUUACUCCAGAUUUCUCUGCAACGCAAUUACGUCUCUACCGAAAAUGUCUUUCAACGUCUACAUGGUCGACUUCCUCGGCGUCUCGCGCGGCAUCUUCGUUCAGACCGACGAAUGCGGAAGAGACAGCGGUCAUCUUUAUCAAGUAAUUGGCGACAUGCAGAACGGCAUGAUUCAUGCACACAAAGAAAUAAAACGACCAAGCAACUCCAGCAGGUUCAUCGGCACGGUAUCUACAUCUCAAUACUCGCAAGUUCGCGCUAUCUGCGACUCUAUCACGGCAGGACCGCCGAAAAUUGAUCCUGUGAAUUCUCUCCGUCAUUAUCAAGAAUGGACGAAUAAUGUGGUAGAAAUGCUCUUUGCUAGGGGAGUUUUGCAGACACCCAAUCCCUUAUCGAUGCCUACACAAUUUCAGCAUGCCUCGAGACGUGUUGAUCAAUGCUGCUCGCCAAUAAAUGAUAGCCGUAGCUUUGACUGGUUGAGCGCGAGUCGAAUGCAAGCUCCAGGGAUGGCGAUGUGACUAGAAAAUUUGAAAGUUCAGUUUGAUUUAUUGCUUGAGAAAUGGCGUUUGGAUCUUGCAGGUUAUAAGCAGGGAAAAGUAUUAUGGGAUUUAUGGCGGUGUUGGAGGAAGCUAGCACCUCAGUUGCAACAGAAUCCAUGCUGCUGCUGCGACAUGGGAUGUAGAACA